AUGCUUGGAGAAAUAUUAGCUUCUAAAUUUGUCCGGCUUCCAAAUAGAGAUCACAUCCUCUCCAUGUGCAGAAGUUCACCAAUUCUAAUGACAAUUGUUGCCGUUCAUGCUAUAAGAGCGCUGAAGCUGAGAGCCGGAGGCGAGGUCGGGAGCAGGGAGGCGGGGUCAGACGAGCAGGAGGGGCGGGGAGCAGGCGCCGGAGCCCCAGGGGGCGCCGAAGAGGAGGCCCUGGAGUGGUGCAAGUGCCUGCUGGCCGGCGGUGGCGGCUACGAGGAGUUCUGCGCGGCGGUGCGGGCCUACGACCCCGCGGCACUGUGCGGCCUGGUGUGGACCGCCAACUUCGUGGCCUACCGCUGCAGGACGUGCGGCAUCUCCCCCUGCAUGUCGCUGUGCGCCGAAUGCUUCCACCAGGGCGACCACACCGGACACGACUUCAAUAUGUUCCGCAGCCAGGCCGGGGGCGCCUGCGACUGCGGGGACAGCAACGUGAUGCGGGAGAGCGGGUUUUGCAAAAGGCAUCAAAUUAAAUCCAGUUCAAAUAUCCCCUGUGUUCCCAAAGACUUACUGAUGAUGUCUGAAUUUGUUCUCCCACGAUUUAUUUUUUGCCUUAUUCAGUACUUAAGAGAAGGCUAUAAUGAACCAGCAGCUGAUGUACCAUCAGAAAAAGACCUUAACAAAGUCCUUCAGCUUUUGGAACCUCAAAUUUCCUUUUUAGAAGACUUAACUAAAAUGGGAGGAGCAAUGAGGUCUGUUCUUACUCAGGUUUUGACAAACCAACAGAACUACAAAGAUCUAACUUCUGGUCUUGGAGAAAAUGCUUGUGCAAAGAAGAGUCAUGAAAAAUACCUUAUAGCUUUGAAGAGCUCUGGACUCACAUAUCCUGAGGAUAAGCUUGUGUAUGGCAUGCAGGAGCCAACUGCUGGUACCAGUACUCUGGCUGUUCAAGAUUUUGCAGGUGCAACAGGAACAUUGGGACAAGCAGAUUCUUCAGAUGAGGAGGAUCAGGAUGGGAGUCAAGGCCUGGGCAAGAGAAAGAGGGUAAAACUAAGCAGUGGUACCAAAGAUCAAUCCAUAAUGGAUGUUUUAAAACAUAAAAGUUUUCUAGAAGAAUUAUUGUUUUGGACAAUAAAGUAUGAAUUCCCUCAGAAGAUGGUAACUUUCUUACUCAACAUGCUUCCAGACCAAGAAUAUAAGGUUGCUUUUACAAAGACUUUUGUUCAGCAUUAUGCUUUCAUUAUGAAAACACUGAAGAAAAGUCAUGAAUCGGACACAAUGUCCAACAGAAUUGUGCAUAUUAGUGUUCAGUUGUUCAGCAAUGAGGAGCUAGCCAGACAGGUGACAGAAGAGUGUCAGCUGCUGGAUAUUAUGGUCACUGUACUAUUAUAUAUGAUGGAAAGUUGCCUUAUUAAAAGUGAACUGCAAGACGAAGAAAAUAGUUUACAUGUGGUGGUGAAUUGUGGAGAAGCAUUACUGAAGAAUAACACUUACUGGCCUCUUGUUAGUGAUUUUAUUAAUAUUCUUUCUCAUCAAAGUGUGGCUAAGAGAUUUUUGGAGGACCAUGGUUUGUUAGUUACUUGGAUGAACUUUGUAUCUUUCUUUCAAGGUAUGAAUUUAAACAAGAGAGAGUUAAAUGAACAUGUGGAGUUUGAGUCUCAGACCUACUAUGCUGCCUUUGCUGCUGAACUUGAGGCCUGUGCACAGCCGAUGUGGGGACUCUUAUCACACUGUAAAGUCAGGGAAACUCAAGAAUAUACCCGAAAUGUUGUAAGAUAUUGCCUUGAAGCUCUUCAAGACUGGUUUGAUGCUAUUAAUUUUGUAGAUGAGCCAGCACCCAACCAAGUCACUUUUCAUCUGCCACUGCACCGUUAUUAUGCUAUGUUUUUGAGUAAGGCUGUGAAAUGUCAAGAAUUAGAUUUGGAUUCUGUUUUACCCGAUCAGGAAAUGUUAAUGAAACUAAUGAUUCAUCCACUCCAAAUUCAAGCAAGUCUUGCUGAAAUUCACAGCAAUAUGUGGGUAAGAAAUGGUCUGCAAAUCAAAGGACAAGCCAUGACCUAUGUCCAGUCUCAUUUCUGUAAUUCUAUGAUUGAUCCAGACAUUUACCUAUUACAGGUUUGUGCUUCUAGACUUGACCCAGAUUAUUUUAUAUCAUCUGUCUUUGAAAGAUUUAAGGUGGUAGAUUUAUUGACAAUGGCAUCACAACAUCAAAACACAGUACUUGAUGCGGAGCAUGAGAGAUCCAUGUUAGAAGGUGCUCUUACGUUCCUUGUGAUUCUUUUGAGUCUUCGUUUACAUUUAGGAAUGUCUGAUGAUGAGAUUCUCAGGGCUGAGAUGGUAGCCCAGCUGUGUAUGAAUGACAGGACACAUAGCUCAUUGCUGGACCUCAUUCCAGAAAAUCCCAACCCAAAAAGUGGCAUCAUCCCAGGCAGUUACAGCUUUGAGUCAGUUUUGUCAGCUGUAGCUGAUUUUAAGGCUCCUGUUUUUGAACCUGGCGGUUCCAUGCAACAAGGCAUGUAUACUCCCAAAGCUGAAGUCUGGGAUCAGGAAUUUGACCCGGUCAUGGUCAUUCUUCGAACAGUUUACCGUAGAGAUGUGCAAUCUGCAAUGGACAGAUACACAGCAUUUUUAAAACAGAGUGGAAAAUUCCCUGGAAAUCCCUGGCCUCCUUAUAAGAAAAGGACAUCACUUCAUCCUAGCUAUAAAGGUCUCAUGAGACUUUUGCACUGUAAAACUUUACACAUUGUGCUAUUCACUCUACUUUACAAGAUUAUGAUGGAUCAUCAAAAUCUGUCAGAACAUGUACUCUGCAUGGUCUUGUAUCUGAUUGAAUUAGGACUUGAAAAUUCUGCUGAAGAUGAAUCAGAUGAAGAGGUAUCAGUGGGUGGACCAGAACGAUGUCACGACAGUUGGUUUCCUGGGAGUAACUUAGUAUCAAACAUGCGACACUUUAUAAACUAUGUUAGAGUGAGAGUUCCAGAGACAGCUCCCGAAGUGAAGAGAGACCCACCUGCAAGUACAAGCUCUGAUAGCUUGGGUUCAUUACAAAAUUCUGGCACAGCUCAAGUUUUCAGCUUAGUGGCAGAGCGUAGAAAGAAAUUUCAGGAGAUCAUCAAUCGCAGUACCAGUGAAGCAAAUCAGGUGGUUCGUCCCAAAACUUCAAAUAAAUGGUCUGCUCCUGGUUCAGCUCCCCAGUUAACAACAGCCAUUUUGGAAAUUAAAGAAAGUAUAUUAUCUUUGCUUAUUAAACUUCACCACAAACUCUCAGGCAAACAAAACUCCUACUAUCCUCCCUGGCUUGAUGACAUCGAAGUUUUAAUUCAACCAGAAAUUCCUAAAUAUAGUCAUGGAGAUGGUAUAACUGCAGUAGAAAGAAUUUUACUAAAAGCCGCAUUGCAAAGCAGAAUGAACAAACGCAUCAUUGAAGAGAUAUGUAGAAAAGUGACCCCUCCUGUACCACCCAAAAAAGUCACUGCAGCAGAGAAGAAAACUCUGGAUAAAGAGGAAAGGCGACAAAAGGCUAGAGAGAGACAGCAGAAGUUGCUUGCAGAAUUUGCUUCACGACAGAAAAGCUUUAUGGAAACUGCAAUGGAUGUUGAGUCUUCUGAGAAUGAUAUUCCUAUGGAAAUCACCACAGCAGAACCACAAGUUUCUGAGGCAAUAUAUGACUGUGUUAUAUGUGGACAGAGUGGCCCUUCCUCUGAAGACCGACCUAUUGGGCUGGUUGUACUAUUACAGGCAUCCUCAGUUUUAGGGCAGUGCCGUGAUAAUGUUGAGCCCAAAAAGUUGCCAAUCACUGAAGAAGAACAGAUUUACCCUUGGGACACAUGUGCAGCAGUGCAUGACGUGAGGCUUUCAUUAUUACAGCGUUAUUUUAAGGAUAGUUCUUGUCUUUUGGCAGUAUCAAUUGGCUGGGAAGGAGGUGUUUAUGUACAAACCUGUGGCCACACCUUGCAUAUAGAUUGUCAUAAAUCUUACAUGGUAUCAUUACGGAAUGACCAGGUUCUUCAGGGCUUCUCGGUGGACAAAGGAGAAUUCACCUGUCCUCUCUGUAGGCAGUUUGCUAACAGUGUUCUUCCUUGUUAUCCUGGAAGCAAUGUGGAAAAUAACCUUUGGCAACGUCUGAAUAACAAAAGCAUAAAAGAUCUCAUAAAGGAAGUGGAGGAGCUGCAGGGACGGCCGGGAGCUUUCCCAUUGGAAACCAACUUAAGCAAGGAAAUGGAAUCUGUAAUGAAAGAUAUAAAAAAUACAACUCAGAAGAAAUAUAGAGACUAUAGCAAGACUCCAGGCUCACCAGACAAUGAUUUUCUUUUUAUGUACUCUGUUGCGAGAACAAAUUUGGAACUUGAAUUGAUUCAUAGAGGAGGCAAUUUGUGUUCUGGUGGUGCAAGCACAGCUGGAAAAAGGUCUUGUUUAAAUCAGCUGUUUCAUGUAUUAGCCUUACACAUGCGGCUUUAUAGCAUUGACUCUGAGUAUAAUCCCUGGAAAAAGCUCACCCAAUUAGUAGAAGAUAUGAAUUCACAGUUGGGAAAUGAAGAACAUCAGCCUGAAGUUCCGAUUCUUUAUCAUGAUGUAACAUCUCUUUUACUUAUCCAGAUCUUAAUGAUGCCACAACCCUUACACAAAGAACACUUCACCUGCAUUGUGAAGGUGCUUUUUACCCUACUGUACACUCAGGCUCUUGCAGCACUUUCAGUUAAAUGCAGUGAGGAAGACAGAUCAACCUGGAAACAUGUGGGAACUCGGAAAAAGAACACAUGUGAUGCUGAAAAGUCUUAUGAAGUAUUAUUGAACUUUGUUGUAAGCGAACUAUCUAAAGGAAAAUUAUACCAUGAAGAAGGGACUCAAGAGUGUACAAUGAUUAGUCCUGUUGCUUGGUCUCCUGAAUCCAUGGAAAAAUACUUACAAGACUUCUGCUUACCUUUCCUUAGAAUCACCAGCCUUCUUCAGCACCAUCUUUUUGGGGAAGAUUUACCUAGUUGCCAGGAAGAAGAAGAAUUCUCAGUUCUUGCCAGCUGCUUGGGACUUCUGCCAACAUUUUACCAAACAGAACAUCCAUUCAUCAGUGCCUCCUGUCUGGAUUGGCCAGUUCCAGCAUUUGAUAUUAUAACUCAGUGGUGUUUUGAGAUAAAAUCAUUUACUGAAAGACAUGCAGAACAAGGAAAGGCCUUGCUUAUCCAAGAGUCAAGAUGGAAGUUACCACACCUGUUACAGUUGCCUGAGAAUUACAAUACCAUUUUUCAGUACUACCACAGAAAAACCUGUAGUGUCUGCACCAAGGUUCCUAAAGACCCUGCUGUUUGCCUUGUUUGUGGUACUUUUGUAUGCUUGAAAGGACUCUGCUGCAAGCAACAAAGUUACUGUGAAUGUGUAUUGCAUUCUCAGAACUGUGGUGCUGGAACAGGGAUUUUCCUUUUGAUUAAUGCAUCAGUGAUUAUCAUUAUUCGAGGUCACCGCUUCUGCCUCUGGGGUUCCGUGUAUCUGGAUGCUCAUGGAGAAGAAGACCGGGAUCUUAGGCGAGGCAAGCCUCUCUACAUUUGUAAGGAAAGAUACAAAGUUCUUGAACAGCAGUGGAUUUCUCAUACUUUUGAUCACAUCAAUAAAAGAUGGGGUCCACAUUAUAAUGGACUGUGACCACCUCAGCAUUUCAUUGUAUCAUCAUUUCCAUUAAGAAUUUAUUUUAUCAACAAUAAGCUUUAACUUAAUUUAGGGGAUUAACGCUUUUGCUGAAGGAAAAAACCAUUAUGAAGCCUUUUCAAAAUUAGGUGCUUGGUAAUCACAUUAAAGAUAUAAUAAUUGUUUUUAAAAUAUCUGGGAAACAUAACAGAUAAGUUAAAUCAUUCUUUAGUGGUCAUUUUUUUAAGUGCACAAUUAAUCAAAAGCACAACUUGUCCACACAAUCAUUUAGAAAUGAUUCUCCCAACAGUGCAUAUCAGCUAUUUAUUGACACUUAAGAGUGGGUGUGAUUUUUUUUUUUUGAAGUUUUUUAGCUUCUUUCUGUUUUAAUUUGCAUCUGCUAAACAUAAUGCAUCUUUUUUCUCUGCCAUUCUUGUGUUGAUUUGAGAUUGUUGCUGUAUGUAAUUAGAAAAAAUAUAAAACACGAUUUAUGUGAAAUAUUGUAUAGUAAAAGUUGGUCUAAUAGAACUUUAAAAUUUUUUCUUAUUGUGAGGAUCUGUUAAAAGUUUAAGGCUUUGCUGAAAACUUCAUUCUCAGGAAUUUCAUAAAUAUCUCCCCAGGUAAAUAAUUGAAAUAGCUGUAAAAUAAGUAGAUAGCUGCUGUUAAUAUAAUACAGUACAUUUUGGGGGGCGUAUGUGUUUGGGAAUACUUAAAAGUCAAAAUUUUGGAGCUUCAGAUAUAACUCAGUGGUAGAGUGUUUGCCUAGCAUGCACAAGGUGCUGGGUUUGAUCUUAACCA